UGAACUUUUAUUUAUCCUCAACUCGUUGCAAAAGUGGAGAGUGAAGUGCGAUGUGCGAAAAAUUCUAGGCAUGUUCUAAGUUCAUCUUGUGUGUUUCUGCCGAAUUUUUACUUCUAGAUUCUCACUGACAUGGCUUCUCAAGGAGAUGCCGCAACUGAACCCGAAUCUGAGCAAAUUACCGACUCAGAUACCGGGGCUAAGGAGUCCGACUUCAAUGAUACACUCGAUUCUAAAUACGAUUCAAUGGCGUCUGGGAGUGAAAAAGCAGAGAAAAGUUCUGAGGUGGACAACGAAUCAGAGUAUGAAUCAGUGGAUGAAGACCUCGUGAUUCCCAAAAAAGAGCCAGAAGUGGAGAAACCUAAGGUUGAGGAGAAGAAGAUUGAGACAGAAAAGGUUGAGGAGAAGGUUGAAGAGGAGAAAGUAGAAAAACCAAAGAUUGAAAAGGAGGAGACUGAGAGCAAGAAGGUGGAUGCUGAUACUGCUGGAUCUGAGGCUCCUGCAUCCGAAGCAAGUCAGCAGCAUGAGAGUGAAGACCCAUUACAGUCAGUUGACACCAAGAGUGAAUCUAGUUUCAUCAGUGAAAGGGAAGAUGGUGAACUAUCCAUGUCGGAUGAUGAUUUGAGUGACGUCCACAUCGAAGAAGAACGUGAAGAGGGAGAUGGUGAAGAAGAAAGUUUAUCUGGGAAAGAUAAAAAGUUAGAUGAUGAUGAAGACCGUAGAAAUCCUCAGUAUAUCCCCAAAAAAGGCACCUUCUAUGAACAUGAUGACCGUAUGGAAGAUGGCCCAGAAGAAACUGUCAAUGAAAAAGAGGCAGAGUCUGAGAAAGAUGCAAAAGAGGAAGAAAAAAUUCGAUCGAAAAAAGAAGCUGCAUUGGCUUCCAAGUGGCAGCAUGAUCUUUACGAUGACAAGGAGCAGGCCCCUAAAUCAACUCAAGAAUUAAUUGACACUUAUGGUUACGAUAUUCGAAAUGAAGAGGCACCUCCAAAGGCCAGAAGACACCGACGAUAUGGCCGAGGUCCUAAUAAGUACACACGAAACUGGGAAGAUGAAAAUGCAUAUGUAAAAGCUGGAGCACCGCGAGGAGGUAGAGUGAACCGAGGAAGAGGUGGCGGUGGAAGAGGUGGUGGAACCUUCUUUGCUGAUAAUGAAAACUUCAAUCUGGAAAAAGAAUUCCCCGAGUUAAAGAACAAGCGUAACAUUAAAUCCUCGUCUGAAACAGGAGAUAACAGCCCUCCGAAAGGAAGUUCUGUCAUCAAAAAUAGCGUCUUUUACAGCCGAGCAACAUCACAACAGCAGAGUGCACCACCAAGGGAACAAGAUGACUCUUACAGAAAGCAGCAAAAUGCUCCUCAGCAGGUGUCAAAGCCACAAGCAGAGAUUAAAAUCGAUCCUGCUGCAAUAUCUGGAAAGCUUCAUACCUCCAGAAAUCCACCCCCACCAGCAUUUCCACCCCGCAGUAAAACUCAGGCUCCCAAAUACUCCUCCACAUCUCAACAUGAGCCUCAAGUCAAUGGAAGCGGGAACAAACAUUUUGAUGAGAAAAACAUGGCCAAACCAGCUGUCCGAGGCCCUAGUCAACCAUCUGUUCCCAUGACUCCCAUGGACUUUCCGCGUGGACGAGCUAAAAAAAUCGUCACAGAAACCGCCUAUGCGUAUCAACAACCUGUUGGCAUCCAGCAUCAAGUCGAGAAUCACUCCGAACCGACAGAGGAAGAAUUAUCAAAGAAUUUCACUCAUCUUCAAAUAGAGCCAGCGCAGCAUUUCAAUACGUCGGCCGCAUCACCCACCACUGUUCCAAUGGGUCAUGCGAUUGAUAACCAUGGUAUACAAGAUGUGAAUAGUCAAAAAUUGCAACAAUCGCAAGUGGCGGCUUCAGCUAGUUCUCGCGGAAAACGUUACUCCACUCAGCGACAGCGGUCUUUGCCUGAGUCUGGCAUCAGUUUCAGUCCUCCUCCUGCCGCGUUCCAGCAGCCUCCGCAAACUCACUAUUAUCAACCGCAAACGUACGGAACGCAGCCUCACCAAAAUGUCUACACACCCAAGACGGCUGCAGCUGCACCUGUGCUAACCCAGCAGCCAGCGGCGCAGUCGCCGCCAAUGCAGCUCGUCUACCUGCAACCGCCAACGCAACCUCCCCCUCCAGCUCAAUACCAGGCUCCACCUCCGCCUCUCAUCAACUAUGUCCCGCAGCCAUUCACAAACCCUGCUGCAGCCUAUCAACAACUCACUCUCCCACCUCCGCCACCUCAGCCAGAGUUGUACCAACAACCGAGUGGAAUCACAUACUAUAGUGCUCAAACGCAAGCAGUUCUACCACGGCAAACACCUCCCAGGCGGAUCAAGGCAGCCAUUCCUAUAGUUCCUCCCCCAGAAAGCAACAGAGGAAAUAGAUCGAACUCUCAGAUGGAUGAAGAGAAAAAUGCCAGAGAAUAUUAUAACCAAGAAGCUCUGGAGUCAAGCGCCGGCUAAGUCAUCGUUGGGUGUAAAAUUUCUCUGUUGAUAGACACAGCGAAGGAAAGUUGGGCCAGUUGUCAGGUUAUUUUUAAGCUUCCACUGACUCUUGUAAAAAGUGGCUCUAUUACUGACCUGGCAGCUGUUCAUCAGGCGCUCAGCGCAUGCAAGAUUGGACCCUCUUUUAGAAAGAGAGAGCUUGCCUUUUCUGAAAGCUUUAAGCCCUCUUCCAACCCUUCCUCAUGAGUCAAAUCCUCUCACAAGUAUUCAUUUUAUUUAUGUCUACAGUUUACCAACAUUUGUCCUUUACGUCGUUUUUCGUAGAAAGGAUUUAACUCAUUCGCUCUUACUCUAAGCUUCUGUUCAGUCGCUUUGCGUUGUACUCGAAAGCAGCGAGUCGUUAAUUUCAAAACAAAGUGUUCAUCGCACUUUGCAUUCAAAGAAGAACAGUUUUUGUUUCAAUUGCGUUAUUUUAACUGUCGUAAAAUCGUUUUUUAUAUUUUUAUCUUUAAUUGUAGGUCGUAGGUAUUUUUUAUUUCCAAUUGUAAUACUGUUGAACGAGUUCGACAUUUUCAACAAUAGAUGAAAUUAAUCCUCGUCAUAUUUGGUGUAAUCAAGUAAGGGAUGGACUAAUAUUUUCAGGCUACCUGUAAAUUAAUUAUUUUUCAUUAUAAUGAAGUACAAAAGUAAAAUCACUGGAAAAUGAAAAGAAUUGCAAGUUUCUUGUACAGAAUGACUCCUAUGCAGCAUGUUCUAUCUAAAAGAUUAAAAGUUGAUGUGAUCCGAUUACGAAUAAGCAUGUAUUAAAGGUGAACUUACGCCCACUAAAUUUUUCCCUAUCUUGUUUAGAUGUUACAUUAACUUAUUUCAGAGUGAAACUUGCUUGUUUUGUUAAUUUUCAGAAAAUCAGAACUCCGAUCUAUCGUGAGCAUAAUAAGCUAUCCUCAAUUUUUUAAAAAUAUUUUAACUGUGAAAAUUUGACAAUUCAUCAGUGAGCCUGUCAUCAAAAGGACCUUUUUGUGCCCUUUUUUGGGAAAAUUCAGAGAUUCUGCUCUAAUGUGCCCUAAACGAAUCCAAGCUAUGAGACAAUUCUUCAAUGUAAGUCUUAGCAUGAGUUCAGAGCUCGUUUUGGAAAUACAGAGUUGCAAAGUUUACAUUUUUUAUUAUUAAAUAAUGCUGAUAUUUGAAAGUUUUUUUAAGCGCAGUAACAUCCACUGAUGAUACUGUGACUCUAAAAUGAAAAAGGGAUCAACAGAAGUUGCUUAUUUAACCAAGGAACUUCCGAAUAUAUAACAGCAUUUUGCAGUGGUAAAAUAUGUAAACUUUGCAACGUUAUAUUGCCAAAACAAGCCUUUAACUCAAGUUAACUUUCACUGGAGAAUUGUCUCAUCAAAGAAUUUUGUUUAGGCCACAUUUUAAAAAUCCCUGAAUACUCCAAAAAAGGGCAGUAUUUUUGACAGGCUCUUGGCAUUAACUGAGCUCUUCAUGCAAGCACCAACAAGGUGUGCGACCAAGUUUGUGUCAACUGCGGGAUUCCACUGAAAGUUAUGAGAGGUUUUUUUAGACAGCAGGCUGAUUGUUGAAAUUGAUAGACAAAGCUCAGACAAAGAGGUUAUAAAAAGUAAGGAGCCAUCCUAUCGGUUGAAAUGGGUGGUUCUCAUAGACUAAGGAGGAAAAUGAUUGACUAACUAUCGGGUCUCUUGUUGGUUGCCGUUAUUUAGUCAAUUACCUACUUCCUAUGUCCAUUGCAACUAUCUGUUUCCACCAUUAGGAUCCCUCCCUAUGAUUUUUGUCUUCUUUGUCUAUCAAUUUCAACAAUCAGCCCGCAAAAUACUUCAUGUAAAAGAAGCCUGAGCAUGUACUCUUUUAUACUCUCAUGUUAUGAACCUCGUAGUCUACUGUAUGCAUCCUGAAAUAACAAAUAAUAUACAAGUGAAAGUUGCCUUGUCGUAGCAUAAAAUGUUUGAGAAAAACUGGUAAACUUUGCAUUAGAGAACUGAGGUCUUUGCUCAGCUCAACAGAAUGAUACAAAUGUGGUUUGUCUCUGUUGAAAGUGUUUGAGAAGUGUGCAUGUCUACAUAAAAGUGCCUUAGCAGAAGCAACUACGUCUAAGAAAAAUAAUUUUUUUUUACACUCAGUAGAAAAUGCUUUUUAAUUUCCUCAAAAACAGGUUAUUCAUGGUCCAGUUCAAGUCCGUGUCAUAAAACAGAGAGCAUGUUUUUGACUGGCUGAAGAACAAAGGUUCCUUGCCGCUCAAAAAUGGAAAUUGAAAUGAUGAUGGCACAAUUUACUACUUGAAGGAAAUGAUUCAGUCAAAGAACUGUCUUGAACUUGUGUUCUACACUAUUUCCAGGAGUUGAACAAAAAAUCAUCUGUGUUUGAUCAAAUUAACUAUUGUCAAAGACUAAAAGGGAAAAUCAGCUUUUACCUACAGCUCUUUUGAAGACGUCUUUGAGACAUCUCUUACAGGGUUACAAGUCCUGGAAAAGUCAGGAAAUUUCAAUGUGAAACCUUGUAUUCCUUCCACCCAGCCAAAACAUUGCACUUUUUCAAUUCCGUUAGACUUAGCACGAACAAUGUUUAAUGAGAAAAUUUUUUAUAAGAAUUAAUGCUUUAAAAAGACAGUCAAAAAUAAAAAUAAUACAUGUUCCAAAACUCCAAAAAAACCAGGAAUUUUGAAAUCAAAGAAAAUGAUUAAUUCUGUUUUUAAAAUUCUGCCGAAAGAAUCUAAGGACCUUUUCCUUAUACAUGCCUCUUGGCUGGUCACAUUUCAUGAAUAUUCUUUUCUUUUAUUGAAAUAUUAUACGCAGAAAAGGUACUUUUCCCAUUUGUUAAAUUCUACAGUGCAUUUUUGCCAUCUAGUACCUCAACUGCUUAUUAAUCAUGCAUUGAAGCGUGCAGCUCUUUUUCCAGUAACUACAUUGUCUUAACGCAGAACUUUGGAUUAUGAGACAUUAGGUAAUAGUUUUUUUUUUGCUCUGUUCAAAUGAAUACAGUAGUUUUCUUAUUUUAAUCUUACCAAAAGAAAUUAUUCUUCGAUGCAGUUGCUAACAUGCAUUUCUCAACUCCUCCACUAGAGACAGAUUUCCUCUGUUCUAUUUCAUCAGCAUUUCUUUUUCAUACCUAUUACCAUUGCGAUAUCAUCAGUUGUGUCAGCAAUCGUGUAUCUUUAUUUUAACGAAUUGUGGUAUUACUGAGAAAUGUCACAGCAAUGGAAAAUACAACAUUCUAAUUAAUUUAAACUCUAUUUUAAAAAAAAAUCAUGCCCCUGACUUGUUUUCUUUGUAUUGUGUAGAUAGACUUCAUAAACUAAAAAAAUGACCGAUAAUUUUUUUGUAUUUGAUAAAACGUGUAUAAAUAAUUUGUAUGAUCGAAGAAAAAUGCUGUCCAUCACAGGUAUACAAACUUCAUCAUGAAUUCGUAAAUAAUAAGUUUUGACCUAGUCAAAUUCUGUUCGCCUACUCUGAAGUCAAUAUCUAAUAUCUUAUUUGAGAGCAAAGGACCCUGCAUGGAAAACUAAGGGGUUUCCAGCUGGCUAAAUUUUGUUAAGAGCCCACACCAAGUAAGCUCACACACUCAUAGACUGCGACAGGAGAUCCGCCAUCUUGAUUCUUCCAUUUGCUUUGCAUGUAAAAGUGGCAGCAGACAAUAUUCUGUCACAAUCUAAAAGUGCAUUAACUUAUUUGGUGUGGCCUCUUUUAUUUGAUAUGAUGUGCUCUAUAAAUUCUUAAACAUGAUAAACCUAAAAAAUCGAACGUUCUGUGUGCCAAUUUUGAGGAAAGCAAGGUUGCAAAGUGAAUUCUUCCGCAUUUUCUUGCCGAAAUAGGUGAAUAAGAAGAGCUUUUUUUUGCUCGCUGGCCAGGAAAAUCAGACAUAAGAAAAGAAUGAAACUCCUUCAAAUGAAAAUAGUACAAGACACAACGUCCCUACACACAAGUUAUUUUACCCCUUCAUUAGAAAAGUUGAAAAAUUCCUUUGUCAGACUUCCUCUUCUCGGAAUCGGUACAAAAAAGAAUGAUAUUUAAAGCAAACCAUGCUCAGGAGGUUGUGAAGAACAUUUUAUUAAAUAAUAAUGAAAUCUAGCUAGGGCUAAAUUCUCUGGUUUACCAUGCUGAGUUCUUUUCAUUAUUAGAGGCAUUUGCAAUAUAUAAACUAGUUGAUAAUCUGAUUUAGCUCUUAAAAAACUCUGUUCAGAUUUAGAAUCUUUGCAGGAUAACAAUCUUUCCUCAAAUCUAGGAAGCAUUGCAAUUUUUUAAAAAUGUUUCGGCAUUGCCACAUCUUUCUGAAAGCAAUUAAUUUGCAUUCGUCUCUAUUUAGUAAUUCUGCUCGUCUGACUUUCUCUUUUCUACCACGGCCAAAGGUAUCGAAUUAACCUCUUUUAACCUAUGUAAAAAAUAAUUUUUCUGAACAAUACAUCUGUUGAAACGGAAACAAA